AUGCCAGUGAGACGAGGUCAUGUUGCGCCGCAGAACACCUUUCUGGGAAUUAUCAUCCGCAAAUUCGAGGGUCAGAAUAAGAAGUUUGUGAUAGCCAACGCGCGCGUUCAGAAUUGUGCCAUCAUCUACUGUAACGACGCAUUCUGUGAGAUGACGGGCUUCUCGCGGCCAGACAUUAUGCAGAAGCCGUGCACCUGUGACUUUCUGCACGGCCCAUUGACCAAACGGCACGCCGUGGCUCAGGUCGCGCAGGCUCUCCUGGGCUCAGAGGAGCGCAAGGUGGAGAUCAUCUACUACCGCAAGGACGGCUCGGACUUCCUGUGCGCCACACACAUCAUCCCGGUGAAGAAUGAGGAGGGCGUGGUCAUGAUGUUUAUCCUAAACUUUGAUUACAUCCUGCAGGAGGGCAGCACUGACUCACUGGACCGACUCAACCACACCUCGCCUUCCAAACCCGAAAACAGAAAGGGACGUUUUUUUCGUUUUCGGCUUCCUGCGCCACUGAGCAUGCUGGGAGUUAGCAAGCAGUCUCUGCCCCAAGAAGACCCAGAUGAGGUGACCGUCCACUCACCCGAAAAAAAAAACGACCGGCCCCCAUCCCUGUCCUCCUCCUCUUCCUCCUCCGUGUCUCUCUCCCUCUCUCCUCGUGACCUCCACCCCCCCACGGGGGAGAGCUGCAGCCCUUCUUACGGUAACGACACCCAGGCUCUGAUCAGGCCCAGUCUCCUGGGCUCCUGCUCCCCUCUCUCUGGUCCACAGGACCACUCAUCGCCAAGGGGUCCCUGGGAGAGAACAGGCCCCCAGGGGCCUCUCUCAGCCUCAGGCAGAGCUUCACAGGACAGUACAUGCAGCCUGAGGAGGGCCUCGUCAGUCCACGACAUUCAGGGGCUGGGAGCUAAUACUCACAGGACGUACCGUGAUCGGCAUGCCAGCGAAGGUCCUUUUAACCAGAUCAAAUCCAGUCUUCUGGGCUCAACGUCAGACUCCAACCUCACCAAGUACAGCACCAUCAAUAAGAUUCCUCUCAUUACGCUCAACUUCUCUGAGACCAACAACGACCGGAGGGCACCCUCUCCUCCGUCCUCUGAAAAGACCAUCAUCGCCCCCAAGGUCAAAGAUCGCACGCACAACGUCACUGAGAAGGUCACACAGGUGCUGUCGCUAGGCGCCGACGUUCUUCCCGAGUACAAGCUCCAGACGCCGCGGAUCGACAAGUUCACCAUCCUACACUACAGUCCCUUCAAGGCCGUCUGGGAUUGGCUGAUCCUCCUGCUCGUCAUCUACACGGCCAUCUUCACGCCCUACAGCGCCGCCUUCCUGCUCAACGACAUCGAGGAGCAGAAGAGGAGGGAGUGCGGCUACUCCUGCAGCCCGCUCAACGUGGUCGACCUCAUCGUGGACAUCAUGUUCAUCGUGGACAUCCUCAUCAACUUCAGGACGACGUACGUGAACGCGAACGAGGAGGUGGUGAGCCAUCCGGUCAAGAUCGCCGUUCACUACUUCAAAGGUUGGUUCCUCAUCGACAUGGUGGCCGCCAUACCCUUCGACCUGCUCAUCUUCGGCUCCGGGUCCGAGGAGACAACAACUCUGAUUGGACUACUGAAAACAGCUCGACUGCUGCGAUUGGUCCGCGUGGCACGGAAACUCGACCGUUACUCCGAAUACGGCGCCGCCGUCCUCAUGCUGCUCAUGUGCAUCUUUGCGCUCAUCGCUCAUUGGCUGGCUUGCAUCUGGUACGCCAUCGGCAACGUGGAGAAGCCUUAUCUGGAGCACACCAUUGGCUGGCUGGACAAUUUGGGCAUGUCCAUCGGCAAGAAGUACAACUACAGCGACCCCAGCUCUGGCCCGUCAAUCAAAGACAAGUACGUGACGGCCCUGUACUUCACCUUCAGCAGCCUGACCAGCGUGGGCUUCGGCAACGUCUCACCCAACACCAACUCCGAGAAGAUCUUCUCCAUCUGUGUGAUGCUCAUCGGCUCCCUGAUGUACGCCAGCAUUUUUGGCAACGUGUCGGCAAUAAUCCAGCGGCUGUACUCAGGCACGGCCCGCUACCACCUCCAGAUGCUGCGAGUGAAGGAGUUCAUCCGCUUCCACCAGAUCCCCAACCCCCUUCGCCAGAGACUGGAGGAGUACUUCCAGCACGCCUGGACCUACACCAACGGAAUAGACAUGAACAUGGUAUGA